AUGGACGGGCUGCCCGGUCGGGCGUUGGGGGCCGCCUGCCUUCUGCUUCUGGCGGCCGGCUGGUUGGGACCCGAGGCCUGGGGCUCUCCCACACCCCCGCCGUCGCCCGCUGCGCCGCCCCCGCCCCCGCCACCCGGAGCUCCGGGCGGCUCGCAGGACACCUGUACGUCGUGCGGCGGCGGCGGCGGCGGCUUCCGGCGGCCCGAGGAGCUGGGCCGGGUGGACGGUGACUUCCUGGAGGCGGUGAAGAGACACAUCUUGAGCCGCCUGCAGUUGCGGGGCCGGCCCAACAUCACGCACGCUGUCCCCAAGGCCGCCAUGGUCACGGCCCUGCGCAAGCUGCACGCCGGCAAGGUGCGCGAGGACGGCCGCGUGGAGAUCCCGCACCUCGACGGCCACGCUAGCCCGGGCGCCGACGGCCAGGAGCGCGUCUCUGAGAUCAUCAGCUUUGCAGAGACAGAUGGCCUCGCCUCCUCCCGGGUCCGCCUGUACUUCUUCGUCUCUAACGAAGGCAACCAGAACCUAUUUGUGGUGCAGGCCAGCCUGUGGCUGUACCUGAAACUGCUCCCCUAUGUCCUGGAGAAGGGCAGCCGGAGGAAGGUACGGGUCAAGGUGUACUUCCAAGAACAGGGUCACGGUGACAGGUGGAAUGUGGUGGAGAAGAAGGUGGACCUAAAACGUAGUGGCUGGCAUACCUUCCCCAUUACAGAGGCCAUCCAGGCCUUGUUUGAGCGAGGCGAGAGACGCCUUAACCUGGAUGUUCAGUGUGACAGCUGCCAGGAGCUGGCCGUGGUGCCUGUGUUCGUGGACCCCGGUGAGGAGUCACACCGGCCCUUUGUAGUGGUGCAGGCCCGGCUGGGCGAUAGCAGACAUCGCAUCCGAAAACGGGGCCUGGAGUGUGACGGGCGGACCAGCCUCUGUUGCAGGCAACAGUUCUUCAUCGACUUUCGGCUCAUCGGCUGGAACGACUGGAUCAUUGCACCCACUGGCUACUACGGGAACUACUGUGAGGGCAGCUGCCCGGCCUACCUGGCUGGGGUCCCUGGUUCAGCCUCCUCCUUCCACACGGCUGUGGUGAACCAGUACCGCAUGCGUGGCCUGAACCCUGGGCCGGUGAACUCUUGCUGCAUCCCCACCAAGCUGAGUUCUAUGUCUAUGCUCUACUUUGAUGACGAGUACAACAUCGUCAAGCGGGACGUGCCCAACAUGAUCGUGGAGGAGUGUGGCUGCGCCUGACAGAGGCGAUGGGGCGGAGCACAGGCCUGUGGGUCUUUGAGGGAGCAGGAGAGGCAGGUGGGCUGAGUGUGGUUGUUCAUUGGGUUGUGAAGAGUGCCAAGGUGAGGCCUGACAGAACGUUCUCCCGCUUCACAGAAGACCAGUCAGAACCAGAGGGAGAACCCUUCUGUGACACCAGAGACUCCUAACUGCACACAUAGACACGCAUAGCCAGACUCAUACGGUCUGCCACCCACACAGCGGCCUCCGGGAUACCAGCAAACGGAUGCGGUGACAAACCGGCAGCUCAGCUACCAAGGCCUGUCAGUCGGAAAGAAUGGGGGUGAGCAGCCACCAUUCCCACCAGCUGGCUGGGCACUCUGAAUCGCGCCUUCUGAGUACACACAAAAGCACACAAAGACGGAGGACACAGAGAGAGUGAGCCAGAGAGCCACCAAGAGGAAAAGCCGGGUGGGAGCACAGGCGGGUGGAGGGCCACGUAUCCCUGACUUGUCCCGGGUCUUCACCACAGCGCCUGGCACAGUCCUGCCUGCUCACUCCCCGCCUGCCUGGCAUCCUCCGUGCUUCGAGGCCAGCAGAGCUUUGCCGCCCCUGUUCUUGGAGAGGGCAAGUAGCCCAGGAGGGACUCGCCUGUCACAGAGACCAUGGAGCAGGGACAGUGACCCUUUGACUGUCUGUCACUUGGGUCCCUGGUGGGACUGGUGUGUGUGUGUGUGUGUGUGUGUGUGUGUGUGUGUGUGUGUUCAGGGUUGUUUGGGGAGGGAGAGAAUAAGGGUCUUAAUUUUAUGCUUUAAACUCAUCUCCAACAACUGACAGGUUAUUUGGUGCCAGUUGCAGAAUUGAAAAGGAGCCAGCCUAUCAGCUAUGACCUUUGAAGCGGAAAGGCCAAACGAAUCGAAGUGAGAAGGAAAGAAUAAUGUUGCAAUCGGUGCCCUUUGCUGGGGACAUCCUCCUAGUGCCCUGCUGAGAUGGGCAGGGAUGGCCAUUAGGCAAUGGGAAGAGACCAGGGAGGCAGUGGUAGAGCGGAGGUGUUCUGAGGCGCUGCUCAGCUGGUCUUGGGGAGAGAGGGAGAGCUUUCAGUUGCUUUGCAGAAGUUGUCCCUGUGGGUGGGCCCCGGCUUCAGGGUUGUCCGUGGACAUGGCUCCUGCCCACUUCAAGUGCCCUCCUGCCUGCUCCACAAAGCACUUGCGGUCCUGCGUGAAUGCACACCACAAUAGCACUUGCAGGUCUACGUGUGUCCAGAAGUGGCCCUGGGGCAAGAGCUGACAUGGCAGUCCUCGUGGAUGCCCAAGUGCCACGUGAACUAUGCAAUUUAAAGGGUUGACCCACACUAGGCGAAACUGGACUCGUACGACUCUUUUAUAUUUUUAUACUUGAAAUGAAAUCUUUUGCUUCUUUUCUAAGCGAAUGAUUGCUUUCAAUGUUUGCACUGAUCUAGUUGCAUGGUUAGUCAGAAACUGCCAUUUGAAAAAAAGUUAUUUUUAUAGCUGCAGAAAAAUGAAUACAGUUAAAUGUAUUAUACAUAAUUUUGGAACCAAAGAGGCCAGCGGAUCAGUUUUAAUUUUUAUUAGACGGUGAGGCCAUCUUCUAUGAGGUAGAUGUUCUAAACAGCCCUUUGAGUGGCCUGCCAGCGAUUCAGGGUAUAAAUGAUUUUUUUUUUAUUCAGUUGAUGUGUCUUCUCUGUCCUUAUACACCCAGAAGGUAGAGUAAAAUAAAUGACUGGUGGAGUGGAGGUAUGUACUGUAAGUCCUCAUCUUUAGUUUAUUUAAUAAAGCCCUCCUUAGGUUCUGUUUCAUAAUAACUUAAAACCAAACAAUUCCCCCCACAGACUGGCUGUCUUAAGUAUUUCACAUUCGUGUACAGUUUAAGACAAUAAAAGAUGGAGUGCCACGGGC